AUGAGAGAGAUCAAGCUCAAAAAAUCGCCAUCUUUGAAGAGACCAAUACCUAGAAUAUCUCUAAGCGUUGCUGACCUCCAGGAAGCAGAGUUAGAAAUUCUCGGCUUAAUCCAGAAAAGGCACCUUGGUCGCGAGCGAGAGGUACUCACCAACCUGGAUGUGUCAGAUGACAACAAUCGACAGAUUGCGAAACGAAGAAAUGAUGACAUAAAGCCAACAAGCUCAUUGUAUCGAUUAGACCCAUUUCUGGAUAGCAAAGGUCUAAUUAGAGUCGGAGGUCGAAUUCAGAGGGCAAAUAUCCCAGACGAUGUGAAACACCCGGUCAUCGUCCCCAGAGAUGCUCAUCUAACAGCACUUCUAAUUCGGCAUCACCAUGAAGAAGUAAAUCAUAUGGGCAGAGGAUCGACUCACAAUCAGCUUCGUCAAGCUGGUUACUGGGUGAUAGGUGGUUCGUCAGCUGUCUCAUCCAUCAUUACCAAGUGUGUGACCUGUAAGCGACUUCGUGGACCUCUGGAGAAGCAGAAGAUGGCAGACCUCCCGACAGACAGACUGGAACAGGCUCCUCCAUUCUCUUACUGUGCUGUCGACUACUUUGGGCCGUUCUCGAUUACCGAGAAACGAAGCACAGUGAAGCGAUAUGUAGCACUGUUCACCUGCAUGGCAUCCAGAGCUGUUCAUCUGGAAUCAGCCAACAGUCUCGACACCAGUUCCUUCAUCAACUGUCUUCGAAGAUUUGUUAAUCGCCGUGGACCAGUCCGACAAAUUCGCUCUGACAGAGGAACUGCUUUCGUUGGUGCUAGGAAUGAGCUCCGAGACGCCUUGAAACAGAUGGACCAAGACAAGAUCCAGCAGUAUCUUGUUGAAAAUAACACUGACUGGAUUCCCUUCGUAAUGAAUCCACCUCAUGCAUCACACAUGGGCGGAGUAUGGGAGCGCCAGAUUCAGACAGUUCGUCGUGCUCUAGAACCCCUAAUGAUGUCUGCGGGAAAACAACUAGAUGAUGAGGCAUUUAGAACAUUUCUUUCUGAAGCAGAGUCGAUCGUCAACUCAAGGCCUCUUACAACACAGAACCUGAGCUCGUCUGAUGCUCCAGAACCAUUGACACCUAACCAUCUCCUGACUAUGAAGUCCAAGGUAGUCCUCCCACCGCCCGGCAAGUUCCAGAAAGCAGACAUGUAUGCUAGAAAAUGGUGGCGUAGAGUCCAACAUCUUACCAACGAGUUCUGGACGAGGUGGAGGAAAGAAUAUCUAACCGACCUGCAAACACGAAAGAAGUGGGCUCGUCCAAUGAAAAGUCUUAAAGUCGGCGAUAUCGUCAUCUCCAAAGAAGCAGAUGAUAACCGUGCUCAGUGGCCCCUUGGAAGAGUGUCGAAAGUGUAUCCUAGCAACGAUGGGCUUGUGCGCAAGGUCCAACUCGUCAUGGCCGAUUCAUCGUUAGAUAGCCAGGGCAAGCGUAAGAAACAACCCACCAUGCUGGAAAGACCUGUACACAAAUUGGUACUUCUCUUGUCUCAAGAAGAGACCUCGGAAGCUAGUGACACAGAAGACCAAGGGAUUCCCCAUCAAGGAGCCAGCACAACACAAUGA